AUGUCUGGAGGAAAAGGAGGCAGGCAGAGCCUGAUAAACAAGAGCCUGUGCAUGGGUUUUGAAAGGACGGUGACCAUCACCUUCUGUGAUCUGAAUAUUUUCUUGCAUACACCUCAGCUAGCCUGUAAAGCAGCUCUCCCACUCACUGCUAUGUCCACACCACUGGACGAUGCAAUGGACACCUUGAUCAGGAUUUUCCAUCACUACUCUGGCAAAGAAGGAGACAGAUACAAGCUCAGUAAAGGAGAACUCAAGGAGCUCCUCGCCAGUGAGCUCACUGACUUCCUUUCAGGCGAAAAGGACCCCCUUCUGGUUGAUAAGAUAAUGAAAGAUCUGGACUCCAAUAAAGACAAUGAAGUGGAUUUUAAUGAAUUUGUCAUUCUGGUUGCCGCUUUGACUGUGGCAUGCAAUGAUUUCUUCGAAGAACAGCUAAAGAGAGAGGAAUUUUAA